CUCAUCAAAACUCUGCGGCAUGCAGACAAGAGCUGGGGGGGAGGGCAUAUUAUAGGCCGCGUUUAUUUACAGCUUUGGGAUCCAAACUUGUAUGACAAAAUGGCAAAGGAUGGAGACAACGGGUGGAAGGAGUAUGUAUGGAACCCGAGGACGAGGGAGUUCCUGGGCAGGACGGCCAGCAGCUGGGGUCUUAUUCUUCUCUUCUAUUUAGUUUUCUACAUCUUCCUGGCCGGCAUGUUUUGCCUCACCAUGUACGUCAUGCUGCAGACUUUGGAUGACCACAAGCCGAAAUGGCAGGACAGGCUCUCCACGCCAGGUAUGGUGAUUAGACCCAAAGGAGAUGAGUACUACCAGAUCACCUACAACACCCAGAAAACCGAGAGCUGGGACAUGUACGCUCAGACUUUGGACAAGUUCCUGUCACCCUACAACAACACGGCCCAAGUGGAGAAGAACAACGUGUGCAAACCGGACGAGUACUUCCAGCAGGAGGAUAGCGGCGAAGUGAAGAACAACCCCAAGCGCUCGUGUCAGUUCAACCGCACCAUCCUCGAUGAGUGCUCUGGAAUCACUGACCGUUACUAUGGAUACCAGGAAGGCAAGCCGUGCAUCAUCAUCAAGCUAAACCGGGUGAUCGGGAUGCUGCCAGGAAAAGAUGGACAGGCUCCGUUUGUCACCUGUGGCGCAAAGAAAGAAGACACUGAAAAGAUUGGCGAGUUGCAGUACUUCCCUCCUAAUGGCACUUUCAACCUUAUGUACUACCCUUACUAUGGCAAGAAAGCUCAGGUGAACUACUCCCAGCCUUUAGUUGCCGUCAAGUUCCUCAACAUCACUACCAAUGAAGACGUCAACAUCGAGUGCAGGAUCAACGCCAACAACAUUCCCACUGGAAGUGAAAGAGACAAGUGGGCCGGAAGAGUGUCUUUCAAGCUGAGGAUCAACACUAUAUAGGUUGACCUUUUUGUUGUUUCUCUCCUGAAAAACCACUUUCUUCAUUUUCUGCAACAUUGCACAUACACAGAAACAAAUCUCAGUAUUCACACCCUUUGUAGAAUUUGUUUACAACCCCUUCCUCCCCAAAAACAACUUCUGGGCGGGGAAAUAGUUUGUCCAGUUUUGUGAUGAGAUGGGGCGAGAAUAAAAGGGUGGUAAUCCUGUCAUUAUUUCUGUCUGUGAGCUUUGGGAUGAAUUCUUUUCUGUAAAUUAGUUUGAGGUGACGUCUAUUUAUACUGCAUGACAAACUAGGGGAUGUAAAGAAUGUGAACAUGUGUUUUCAAAGUUUGCAAAGGAUCAGCAACAUUAACACUUUACUGCUGCCCCCCUCCUGCUGCCUCCUUAUAGAGUACCCCUCUAUAUACCAAUAUACACAAAUUACAAUACAAAAUGUGUAUAUCUACAGUAUUUAUACGGUAUCAUAACCUUAUAUUAGUAUGUCUAUUUUGUUGCAUUUAAAAGAAUAAUCCAACAGACGUAUAUCGGGUGGAUGCAGAGAUGAAGCCAUUUUGCAUGUGUGUAUUGUCUUAAGUGUGCUACGAGGGCAGGAGGCCCCUACGUCUCACCACCUCUCUGCUAAGUGUGAACUAAGGUUAAAAAAAAAAAACACCAACCACCAGGAGGGGCCACACUGUAAUCUACUAAACCCGUACACACAGCAAGUGUGUGUUUUGCUAACAACAUACUGUAAGAUACGCAUCUCCAACAUAAAAAGAAAUGGAGUUACAGGAGAGGUUAAAACCUUUAAGAGUGCGUGUGUUUGUGCAUGUGUGUGUAUGUGUGUGUGUGUGUGUGUGUGUGUGUGUGUGUGUGUGUGUGUGUGUGUGUGUGUGUGUGUGUGUGUGUGUGUGACGUGUGUGUGUGUGCUCCAUUCAUGGGUCCCAUUUCAUACUGUAGGUCGGGAAGUUGCAUGCAAUGUGCAAUAUUCAUUAAGUGGCAUACAUUAUGAAUGCUUGAGUCCAUUCUACGGAUGAGAGGACUUCCAUUGAAUGAUCAUUAUUUUGGAUCAUUUGAUAUUCACACUGGUUGUUUGACCUUUCUGAAACAGGAGUGUGUUCACGUUUGUGUCGCUUGGAGCGUUCAUAUUAACCACGAAAGGAGACAUCAAUGUUUCACAUGUCUUACAGCAUCCUCGUAGUUUGAGAAAAAACUAACAAUCCCUCCGAUCCGCCCUCCUGAAUAUCAAAUGAAAUCGCAUCAACACAUUCCUUUAUCAUCAUUUUAUUCCUAAAGCUAAACCAAGAGCCAUUUUAUUGUGUCUCUAUUUUGAAUUUGAAUAUUUAGAAAGGUCUUUUUUUUGUGCGUGUAUUGCAUCUAUUUCAUAUGUAUCAGAAAUAGAUGCGAUUGUCAUAUUUUGUAUUGAUUUACACUGCAAGUGUGCUUUGAAUUCAUUGUUGUACAGUUUUGGAGGAUGUAGAAGUUUGUGUUUUGUUCCCUUUUUUCUUUCAAUUACACCCAUUAUCAUCCUCUAAAAUAUCAUCCAGGGUAUCGAAAUGUAUAGUUUACAAAUUCCGUUAUUGGUGACUAGAGUCUUGAAUAAUAUGUGGGUUGGUAGUUUUGUUUUAUAGUCCUGUAGGGAAAUGGACACACUGGAGAUCUCCUUCCUAGAGGGGGAUACUUUUUCAUUUUAUUUGUCCCCCCCCCCUGCUGUAUGAAUCAGUCUGACGGCAUAAUGAUAACUAGACGACUAGUUUAUCAACCACCAUGUUGGAAAAGCAUAGAUGAAGCCUGAAUAUGGUGCUGUUUACUCGACGUGCAUUAAUUCAGUGUGCGGUAAAGGCUAUUGUAAGAGACACCUGCACAUGUUGGCGGGCUAAAUCUGUGCAGUCACACUUUGAAAUUCGGUCACUUUAAUUUGGCUACAGAUUGCAGCAAUCCUGCAAAUGUGGAACAGGCAUCUGUUCACUCACAUUAAGGCCUGGCUCCACUCCACCACUCCUCUCAGAGCAAUGUGUUCCUCUCGUAAAUAUCUCUGGAAUAGGAAUUCAUUAUAUAAAAGACACAGAUCUGCUAUUGUCUGAAAGGUUAUUUAUAAUGAGGGGUCUGAAUGGUAGUGGAACACUCAGCUGAGGCUCUCUUUUCUCUGACUGUCCACUGACAUGUAGUUCUCCUCUGGCAUUCCUGCUACACUUACUUAAUUUCACUGUAAUCUCUUAAUCUGGUGAGCUAAUCCGGAGCAGGCACGCUCAACUUCUUUACCCUACUUUGUCGCUCCUCCCCCUCAUGUCAAAGGAUUCGGCAACAUUUUGUGUCGAUUCAAUCUCUAUUUUACCCCCAAUCAUUCUUAAAUUCAUCAAAAAUAAAUGCGUCAUUGCUGAUUUGGACAUUGUGUUUUUACUCAUGUGCAUGUGAAGAUUAGCUCUUCAACCAAAGAUCUUCAUCAAAAUUUGAUUUAUUUGCAAUCACACAUCCUCUGCAGAGAUAGGGGUUCAGGUGGAGGGAAUAACACCCCGUGUAAUAUAAGAAAGGCCUGCUCUUAUAUCAUUAUAUUAAUAAUAAUAAUAAUAGUAAUAUGCACCAAAGCAACGUGUCUCACUGCAACAUAACAGUGCCUCCUGGUGGACAGACAGUGAUGUCCCCCGGUGUCACCAAAUGUUAUUUCCUGUUAUCUCCUUGUAUGUUUCUUUUCUUCCUCUGUGAUAAUUUGGAGAUGUCCUCAAAAAGCAAUAUUUAUUUCUUGUGCGGAUGUAUUUAUUAGAAAGGCUCAUGAAAAGCGAAGAAGAAGAAUAGGAUGUUGCAGUCAGGCAGUUUUGCCAGCAUGAAGUAUGGUGAUGGAAUAUUACAAACAAAGUGUUGUUUUAUUUAUAAGAAAAGAGUAUUUUUAUUGCUAUUUUGUUGUAAAGAGGAGAGAAUGUAUUAACUUGGAUUGUAUCAUGUCGUGGGAGCGAUACCUGAUAGGUGUUUAGCAUUGAAUUCAACGAACGGGGAAAUGUUAACAGCUUGGAUGGAAAAGUGUUUUUGUUUUUUUAAUAUAGGAACAUGUUUGGUCAUGGCUCGAGUCCUUUCUAUAUUAAAUUGAGAUCAUUGUUUGCAAAUGGAAGUUUUCUGAAACUAAGUGUUCAGACAUUAAAGGGAAAACAUCAGAAAAGCCUUCAGAGAACUUUCAAGUGCAAACCAGAAACUCUUCAGAACAAAACUGCAACCCGGUCCAACGCAAAUGUCAGAGAGAAUCAACUACUUUCAAAGAAGGAGUAAUUAUAUCAAACCUCCCCCCCCCCCCCCACCCCGCUUCCCAAACCCCUCGUCUUAAAUCGUACUUUUGCCUAAGACUGUGGUGUAGGUAUUUCAUGAAAUUUGUCGAGACACUCUCGCCCCAAAAAGGAUGAUAAUUAUAUUCUGGAUCUUUAUGUUUUGCUCUUACUGUAUGUACAUUUUUGCUCAUGUUUACUGCAAACCAAGAUAGAGAAAUAAAUAAAUGUCAUUUAAGGGAA